AAUUGAUCUGAGGGAGGAGUGAGAGCAACAGCACUGGCAACGAAAACAGGUUUGAAGAAGAAGACGAGAAAGCAACUGUGAGGCUGCACAGUUUGGACUUUUUUCACUUCUUUUAACCUCUUUAUUUAUCACCUCAAGUCUUCACAUCUUCACUAAAGUGAAGGCUGACGUCCUCCCCUCCCAUCCUCAUUCCUUCAGUUUCCCACAGUGACCCCACAGGGAGGGGACGAGGAAACUUGACCUCCUUUCACUUCUUGUACUGACAAAUCUCAGCCGACCAGCCUCCAUGUCUGCUCCUGGUUACCCGGGCUCUCCAAACCAGGCCCCAUACCCGAUGCCUCAGCCAGGCGGCCACUCAGUGGCGCCGUAUCCGGUCCCUCAGGGGGGAUACGGAGACCCUGGUCAGGCCCCUCCCCCUGCAGGCUUCAACACGGGCUACAACUCGGGUCCACCUCCUGUCAUGUACCAGCCGGGGCCGGUGGGUCCGGGGCCGGAGUACGGCGGGCCCCCGGGUGGGAUCGCCCCCGCCCCUGUUGCAGGUCCAGCUGUUGCAGUCGGGGUCCCUCCAGGGCUGGAGUACCUCACACAGAUUGACCAGAUUCUGGUUCAUCAGAAAGUGGAACUCCUGGAAGCGUUCAUCGGGUUCGAGACCAACAACCAGUACGAGAUAAAGAACAGCCUGGGCCAGAAGAUCUACAAGGCCAAAGAGAAGAAUGACUGCUGCACCAGGAACUGCUGUGGGUCACUGCGCAGCUUCGACAUGAAGAUAAAGGACAACUCGGACAGGGAGGUCAUUCGCCUCAUCCGGCCGUUCCGCUGCGUGUCCUGCUGGUGUCCCUGCUGCCUGCAAGAGAUGGAGGUCCAGGCUCCACCAGGCACCACCAUAGGAUACAUCAAACAGGACUGGGACCCAUGUUUGCCAAAGUUCUCCAUCCAGGGACCCAAUAAGGAGACGCUGUUGAAACUGGUGGGGCCCUGCUUCGCCUGCAACUGCUGUGGAGACGUUAACUUUGAGCUGAGGGGAAAAGAUGGCGACAAACCCAUUGGCCGCAUUAGUAAACAGUGGAGCGGCCUUUUGAAGGAAGUGUUCACAGACACGGACAACUUUGGCAUCCAGUUUCCUCUGGACCUGGACGUGAAGAUGAAGGCCACGCUGCUGGGAGCGUGCUUCCUGAUUGAUUUCAUGUUCUUUGAGAAGGUCGGGGAGGCGAACCAGCGCAGCUCCGUGUUCUCAUAACUGCGGAAAACGAAACCGUAGACGACAGCAGGAGAUCAAGGACUUCUUCAAGUUAUACAUUCUCUGUAAAUGUUCAGUUUUCCAGAAAAAUCAGCCAAGGACACUUUAACCCAAACACAGCCACGAGACAUAAAGGACUCUGAUCCACAAAUCUACCACAGAUGUUUUUUUUACAUAUAUUAUUUUUCAAUACACUAAAUUUGUAUGUUAUUUUUAAGCAGGUGAACCAGGUGAGAUAGAUUUCUUGCCAAAGAAAACCAAACUCAGCUGUUAAUGUCUUUCCAGUGCCUACAAGUGGAAGUAAGACCAGCUACAAACCCAUAAGAAGAUGUUUGGAUUCUGAUUUUGAAUGUGCUUUAUGCUCCUUUGGCAUAAACAUUUCAUAUUUAUGCUGUCUGUUUAAUCUCUGUCUACAGUGAGUACACUCAUGUGCUUCAUAAAACAUUUAGUGCAAUACUGUUGAAGUAGAAGCUGUACUCGUCGCAGGUUUAACACCAGAAAUGUGUGGCUUCGUAAGGGACUAGUGGUUGGGUGUAAGAGGAACAAGAGGGUGUUAAGUCUGUUUUAGUAAAGUUGCAAAGUCAUAUGUUAUCGCAUACUAACAGCAUUUACCAAAGUGCUUUUUCUUCAUGUACUUCAAAGCCCUCUGUAUCGAGGCCUGUCGAGCUAAACUUGUAAAUCAGCAUCCAGUGUAAACAUUAGCGUGGUCCCGCUGUGGUUGAACCCUUUACCAAACCUCGACCUCCGAUCUCUUCCGUUUCCCUGAUACCACUGCCAUUUUGAUGCAGAAGAGAGUGAAAGCAUCUCAGAAGUACGAUAAUGAAAGCAGAAACUGUGGUUAGUACAUGUUCAUCUGACCUCAGUGUGACUGGACAACACCACUACGACAGUAAAAGGAAAUGCAUCUACUUUAUGAAGCAGGAAGAGGUCGAAUGUGAAGUAUUACGUGAAUUUUCAUCUGCAGCUCAUCUGAUCACAGCGCUUUAGAAAAAAUAUGCAAUUUAAAUCUCGUGUAUUACUCCUAAGUAUAGUUACAGAAUCGUUCAUAUGUGACUUAUUAACAUGGGUGUGGUUGCCACUAGUGCUCUUAACUCCAGACUGAAGCUUGCCGUCCGUAAAUACACGCCUAUUAUUGCCUUUGUGAAUAUGCCGCUGUUGAUGUGUGCAGCCUUAACCUCUGAAACAAUGGAAACGUAACCAAAGUAUGAAGUGAGAGGUUUAUUUGCAGCACUUGUGUAUAACUUUUCUGUAUCUCUUUGAUGGUGAUUUACUUUGUUUUGUUUGACAGAAUACUGUUAAGAAAUAAAAUAAAUACCAUGAAGA